AUGUCGAAUGGAGUGCGAAUUAUCAAUUGGACAUCGUACGAUCCGCGGGACCCUACGACUAGAAUCUGUCCACCGAGCAUCUUUAAGUAUGUCUUGCUAUUGCCCAAUCGCAGAAUUCUGUUGAUGGGCUACAACGUUUCCAUCUGGGACUGGGAACAGGGUAGAAGACUGGUUGCGGAAAACUCCCCGGACGCGUGGUCGACGCCUGACUGGGAGUCGUCGGACCUCUUCGAUCCACCGCAUCCAUUUACAUCCCCUUUUUACAUUCGUGGCUCCAUUCGACUGGUCCUAGUAGGAACUGACGAUGUGAUCCUUGGCGUGAUCAUCCCAACGGAUAUGGGGAAACGAGCACCCUCUGACGUCUCCCUGGUCCGCCUUUUGGAAGCCCCGACAUCGCUCGGUCACACCACACGGUGGUUUGGUUAUCGUAAAGGCGCAUAUCUUGCUAAGGAUUCCGAUAGCCUGGUCUGUUACAAAUGGCCGGAUGAUGACCUGCCUCCUCACUCCCACCAAUCCAUCCGACUCCCCGGACAGUGCGGGGAUAUGGCCAGCUGUUUCCAAGUAGACGGAGACUACCGAAGCCUCGUCGCGUUCUCGUUUAAGUCACCACCAUCGUGCACUGUGUUUGGAUAG